CGCAGCUCUCAUGGCCACGUCUCAAAACUCUUUGUAGGCUACGCAAACUAACACUCUGAAGGCAGGGGAUGUUUGCCUAAAGACCGUGAAUGUAAUACAACAGUUAGUUUCAGAGCUCUGCUCACUCAUUGCGGUCUCGUCGCCCAGCAACACAGCGGAGAAGCAGCUCACACAGAGAGUCUCCGGCAUGCCGCGCUUCAGACUGACGCCACCGACCGUGGUGUUCCUGCUGCUUCUUCAGGGAGUGGCUGUGGUGCUGCUGUUUGGAUGGUAUGUCCAGCUCCCUUGUGGUAGCCCUCCUUCCCAGGGCAAGGUCCACGUGCUCCUGCUGUCCUCAUGGCGGUCUGGAUCCUCCUUCCUGGGCCAGGUGUUCAGCCAGCACCCGUCUGUCUUCUACCUGAUGGAGCCAUCGUGGCAUGUGUGGACCACUCUGCAGAUGCCUGGAGCCCGGGCACUGCGCAUGGCGGUGAGAGACCUGAUGCGCAGCGUCUUCCAGUGUGACAUGUCUGUCAUGGAUGCCUACACUCCCGCCCAGCACAACAUGUCAGCUCUCUUUAUGUGGAGCCACAGCCGUGCCCUGUGCUCUCCCCCUGCCUGCCAGCUCACACCCCGCCACCUCUUCAGCAACGAGACAGAGUGCAAGCAGAAGUGUGACAGGCCUGGCCUGCAGGGGGCAGAAGAGGCCUGUCGGACCUACAGCCAUGUGGUGCUCAAAGAGGUGCGCUUCUUUGAGCUAGACUCCCUGUACCCUCUCCUGCAGGACCCCACUCUGGACCUGCGCAUCAUCCACCUUGUGAGAGACCCGCGGGCUGUGGCGCGCUCCAGGGAGCAGUCAGCCAAAGCCCUAGUGAAGGAUAAUGCCCUGGUCUUGGAGCAAGGCAACACCAAGGUGGAUGACACUCAGUAUCGCGUCAUGCAGGAGAUAUGCCGCAGCCACAUCCGCAUCCACGAGAGGGCCAUGCUCAAACCUCCAGACUUUCUACGUGGACGUUACAAGAUGGUACGCUACGAGGACAUGGUGAGAGACCCCUUGACAGUGAUUGACAGUAUGUAUCAGUUUGUGGGGCUGGAGAUGACACAGUCACUACAGGAGUGGAUCUAUAAGGUCACCCACGGUAAGGGCAAGGGCACCAAGAAGGAGGCCUUCCAAAUCACCUCCCGCAACGCAGCAGACGUCUCUCAGGCUUGGCGUACUACUUUGCCCCAUGACAAGGUAAGGAACAUCCAGGAGGUGUGUAAGGGCGCCAUGUCUUUGCUGGGGUAUAGGACCGUUGACAGUGAGAAAGAACAGAAGAAACUUGACGUGGACCUUCUGACUCCCCGUGAACGAUAUCACUUCAGCUGGCUCCCUUCCAAAACUGACAAACAAUGAGUAGAUAAUAUUUUCAGAGACCAAAUCACACUGAAAUGUAUUUGUGGGAAUGAGAACAAUGCAACUAUUCACCAACAAGAGGGUGUCAAUAUCCAUCCCCUAAGGGAAAUAGAACUGGAAAAAGAGCUUGGAGGCCAGUAUUGGUUAGGGGUUAAUGCAAAGUUCCCCAAUAGGUGAUCCACGGAACAUAAAAUACAGUCAAAUCACCAGGAAAUCAGCUCAAAAUGAUUUUAAUUUAGGAAAUCCAUGCCCAAGUAUUUACACUAAUAAAUAGAGAGGCAUAUGUGAUCGUAUCCCAGUGUAAUCAAGGUUUGAAAUGAUUCUGUUUUUGUCAAAUACUAUAUCUGAUGAGUCUGUUUUUGUCAAAUACUAUAUCUGUUUGGGAUUCUUGCGAUCAGUUAUUCCAGCCCCCCUGACCAUCCACUCAAGGAAAUAUCAGCCCAAGGCUGAAUGUAAUUGGGGACCCCUGGGUUAAUGCAUGUCAACGAGAUGUAGAUCUGCUUUGGUUUAUGUUUACAGAGACUAAUGGUUAUGUUGUUUUAUUUUCUCAAUUCUAAUCUUUCUUUUUGUCAUUGUUGUAAUGUUCUAUAAAGUACUGAAAUAAUGGUUAGUGUUUGGGGAAGGAAUGAAAGAGUUAGGCAUGUCUUAAAUCACAUUGAUUUCCAACCUACACAUACCGGAGCCAGAGAUGAAGCCCAGCUCCGUGGCAUGAUGUUAUUCCUGACCGGGGUU